AUGUGCUCCCCAGCCAAAGCAGUCAAAGCAGACCUCACUUUGAUCAGUACCGAUAAUCAAGAAUUUCAAGUGCAUUCAUAUCACUGUAAAGCCCAUAGUACCGUUCUUCGAGAUAUGCUUGAAUCGCCUGGACUUAACGAAUCUGCCAUCCCCAUUGAUGCCACAGGACGCGAACUCCGCCUCUUCUUGAACCUGAUGACACGAUGGGAAGUUCUCAAUCCGUCGGAUAGUGCCACCUGGCUACGACUGCUAGAACUCUGCGAUAAAUACGAUUUUUAUCUCGUUCGACGAAGACUCAAGCAGCGACUCAGAGUUUAUUCGUACAAAUCACCAUGGGAUGCCUUCUGCAUCACUAGUCAUCUAGAUGAGCUUGAUAUAGCCAAAAAGGCGAUUAAAAGGUUUGGUAGCCUCACAGGACAAAAGGAUAUCGAGCUUGGUAGGAUGCCCUUCCAGAUGGCGACUCAGCCUACCUUACCGUACUUACUUGGGUUAUUGCAUGGGAGGAACCUAGUUGCUCACAGCGAUGAUCCCUCCUGGGCCGCUGUCUCAGAAAUCUUCUACCCCGCUACGUAG